AUGCUCCUGGUCGAGCAUCCCACCAGCGAUGCUAAAGCUGGUACCACGGGAUGGCAGGAGCCCACGCUGCCUCGAGCAUUUAGAGUGGCGGCCUAUCACGACGGCCGGCUUCCGGUCUUGGCCGAAUUUCGGUCGACGGCGGAAUGGUUUCGUGAUGGCUGUGUCACUUAAGUGACUAUGUGGUUAUGGGUCAUGCUGACUCGAGGAAAGCUCUAGGUCGAACGGCCUCGGCUGCGAACCGGGGUAUCCCCCUGGUGCCUACCCAGUCUAUCGGCGGGCUAACACCAAAAACGGAAAGCAGUGAGGUAAGCUGCGGCCGUACCAGCGGCGGGGGAUGGGCCGUGCUAGGCUCUAACCGAUUGGUACGCGAGGCUCCGAUUGUUCCGGGGUUCCGCGGUGCUUGUGGUCCUUAG